AUGAAGGCAGUCUCAGUUUUUCUCUUUGCCAGCCUUGCUGCUGCAGCUGUCAUUGAAUCUGGCCUGCUUGCUUCCAGGGACAAUUUUGCACGACAUCUUGGGUCUAUUACAGACAGCUCUAUGAUUGUUGAAAGAGAUAACGAUGAUUCUGCUUUUGAAGACUUUUCCCUCACCGCAGGAGGAGGAGAAAACGACGACAGUGGAAAGGCUUCUGAUGGCAAGAAGAACAACGGCGGCAAAGCGGAUGGAAAGGCCACCGAUGGGAAGAAGAAUAACGGCAAAGCGGAUGGAAAAGCCACUGAUGGAAAGAAGAACAACGGCAAAGCAGAUGGAAAGGCCACCGAUGGGAAGAAGAACAACGGCAAAGCGGAUGGAAAGGCCACCGAUGGAAAGAAGAACAACGGUAAAGCAGAUGGAAAAGCCACUGAUGGAAAGAAGAACAACGGCGGCAAAGCGGAUGGAAAGGCCACCGAUGGUAAGAAGAAGAACAACGGAGCUGCAGCCGACGAUGGGAAAUCAAAGAAAAACGACGGCAAGAAGGGGAAGAAGGAUGGCGAGAGUGGCAAGAAGGACAAUUCGUCUUCUGGCGCUGGUGCCGCAGCUGCUGGGGCGGCUUGA